AUCUCCAGCAAGGCUCGAGUUUGCGGUCAGUCUCCAGUGUUCUUGCGACCUAUAACACUCAUCUCGUCUGGGCACCAUGUGGAAUGCCAUAUUUGGAAGCUCCACUUCGGAGGUUGAGCCAACCAAUGAAGUGUCAUUCACCAUCAAUGGAAGAAAUUUUUCCGUCGGUGCUGAACAACUUCCUCAAGACACGUCUUUGAACACUUUCAUCCGCAAUGUGGCCAAUUUGAAAGGCACCAAGUUCAUGUGCCAGGAGGGAGGGUGCGGCGCGUGCAUCGUCUCUGCCACCAUCGAGCACCCCGUCUCCAAGCAGCGGGAGACCAAGGCCGUCAAUUCGUGCCUCGUGAGGGUGUUUUCGUGCCAUGGGUGGGAGGUGCGGACGGUGGAGGGCAUCGGCGACCGGCAGAAGGGCUACCACAAGACGCAGGCCCAGCUGGCCAAGUUCAACGGCACCCAGUGCGGCUUCUGCUCGCCCGGCAUGGUCAUGAACAUGUACAGUCUGCUGGAGGGCGGCAAGGCGCCGACGAUGGCCGACGUGGAAAACGCGUUCGGCGGCAACAUUUGCCGCUGCACCGGCUACAGACCCAUCCUGGACGCCUUCAAGGCCCUCGCCUCCGACGCCACCCCACAACUCAAGGCCGCCUGCGCCGACAUCGAGGAUUUGUACAAAAUCUGUCCAAAAACUAACGAGGCCUGCUCUGGAAGAAGUUGUGAGGAAAAGAUCCAAAAGUCUGUUGACCUUUGCGCUGGUGCCGUCACUUGGAGGACGGUGACCACUUUGAUUGAACUCCAACAGGCGCUCACUAGCAUAGGCGACGUGCCAUACAAACUUGUUGCUGGAAACACGGCUGAAGGAGUUUACCGGAGCGAGGGCAUUCUGGCCUACGUGGAUGUGAAGCGCGUUCCAGAAUUGCGUACAAUUGACAAAAAGCCCAACUUGAUUACUGUGGGUGGAAACGUGACCCUGACCGACGCAAUGCAGUUUUUUGACAGUGUUACGGACAAGGGGUUCACUUAUUUAAACCAACUUGGAACCCACAUCGACUGGAUUGCCAACGUCCCCGUCAGAAAUAUUGGAACCCUGGCUGGAAGCUUGUCAAUUAAGCACGCUCACCGUGAAUUUCCCUCUGACAUUUUCACCAUUUUUGAGGCAGCAGGCGCAAAACUCAACAUAAUGGAUGCCUCUGGGGUUGUCAGUAAAGUCACCCUGGUUGACUACCUGGUUUUCGAGAUGAACAAGAAAUUUAUCGCCAGCAUUGAAUUCACGCCCAAAAACAGCAACACGAGAUUCCGCACGUUCAAAAUCACGCCGCGCGCCCAAAACGCUCACGCUUACGUCAACGCUGGUUUCUGUUUUGAAUUCGAGAACACCACCACGUGGAAGGUGGUUGGGCAGCCCAGCAUCGUCUACGGCGGAAUCAGCCCGGAUUUUAUUCACGCGACAAAUAUUGAAACCCUGUUGGUCGGGAAGCCGCUUUUGGACAAUUUGACGCUUUCCGCUGCGAUCACAGAGCUCGGCCUCCAAGUGAUCCCAAACAUGGUUCUGCCGGACGCUAGUGCCGAGUACAGGAAAAAUUUGACGCAGGCCAUUUUCUACAAAUUUGUUCUCGGCCUUGAUCAGAGCAAGGUAAGUCCAGCAAACAAGUCCGGUGGUGAGAAUCUGGUUCGCCCAUUGUCCAGUGGCACCCAGGAAUUUGACACGGACGCUUCGCUGCACCCAUUGAACAAACCGAUCCCCAAAAUCGAAGCGUUGGCGCAGACCUCCGGUGAAGCCGAGUUUGUCAACGAUAUUCACUCAAUUCCUGGAGAGUUGCACGCCGCCUUCGUCCUCACCACCAUUGCCUCGGGCACCAUCUCCAAAAUUGAUUCUAGCACCGCUUUGGCUCUGCCUGGGGUAGUCGCUUUUUUCAAGCAAACUGAUCUGACUCAAUACAACACAUUCACACCUCUUGACUUUGGUUAUGAAGAGGAGGAUGAGAUUCUGUGCAGCGGAAAGGUCAAAUAUGCAGGACAAGCAGUUGGCCUGAUUGUGGCCAAAACCAGAGAAAUCGCUGUGAAAGGUGCCGAGUUGGUGAGCAUCGAUUAUGUGAAACUCGUCCUGAAACCGGUGCUGAGUAUUGGAGAAGUUCUGCACCAAGCGGGGAACAGAAUUCACACGGAGAAGAAAAACGCCUCCAAAAAUAAUGAUUUGGAGGCUGCCAAAUCUACCCUAGUCAAGGGUGAGUUCGAGCUUUCAAAACAAUACCACCUGACGAUGGAGAACCAGACGUGUCUGGUGGUGCCCAAAGAAGACGACAAUUUUGACGUUUUUGCUCCAACGCAGUGGAUCGACCUGAUGCAGGCUGUGGUCGCCAGGUGUCUUGGAAUUAAGGCUAGCAAGGUGAACGUGUCGGUACGCCGGCUCGGAGGAGGAUACGGCUCAAAAAUCGCCAGACCGGCUCAAUUGGCAGGUGCUUGUGCCGUUGCCUCUCAAAAACUGAACAGGGCGGUAAGGAUGGUUUUGCCCUUAACGACCAACAUGGAAUUGGCCGGAAAGAGAUUCGCCCUUCGAAACAAUUACGAAGUGGUGGUCAACAAAGUCGGCAAGAUUCAGUAUUUAAACGCAAAAGUAUAUCAAGACGCCGGUUGCAAUUUGAACGACAGUCCACUUGCUUCAACCCGCGAGUACUUCAGCAACUGCUACGACACCUCAAAGUUCGUCCUCGAGACGCAGCAAAUCACAACAGACACGGCCCCAAACACGUGGUGUCGCGGGCCAGGCUCCACCGACGGAAUCGCUUUCAUCGAGGAAAUCAUGGAGCACAUCGCGAGCAAAACGAAGCAGGACCCAUUAACGGUGCGCCUGGCUAAUAUGAACAUUGUCGACAGCCCUUUGCCCCAAAUGAUCGACGACCUCAAGUCCAAGGCGGAUUUCGACCUUAGGAAGGCGGCUAUUCAACAAUUCAACGCCGAAAAUCGGUGGAAAAAGAAAGGAAUUUCCCUGGUGCCCAUGCAGUACCCUUUCAACUUUUGGGGAAAUCGGCCUGCGCACGUGACUGUCUAUCAAAGUGACGGGUCGGUGGCAAUUUCUCACGGCGGAAUCGAAAUGGGGCAGGGCCUGAACACAAAAGUGGCUCAAGUCGCUGCUUACACCCUCGGAGUGCCUCUUGAGGUGAUUUCAGUCAAGCCGAGUAACACCAUAAGCGGGGCAAAUGCCAUUGUUACUGGAAGCAGCUUGGCCAGCGAAACUAUCAGCUUUGCAACAGUGGAGUGUUGUAAGCAGAUCUUGGCGCGUUUGGAGCCCGUCAAGGCGACAAUGCCCUCAGCCACUUGGCCUGAAUUGGUCAAAGCAGCUUACUUCCAAAACGUAGACCUCACUGCAACUUACAUGUUUACCAAAAACGACCCCGUCAAGGACUAUAACAUUUGGGGUGUUACAAUUGCCGAAGUGGAAGUUGAUAUCUUAACCGGAGAAAAGCAGGUUUUGCGCGUUGACUUGCUAGAGGACGCAGGUCAGAGUUUGAGCCCAAUGGUGGACGUUGGGCAAAUGGAAGGCGCCUUUGUAAUGGGAAUGGGUUAUUGGCUCUCCGAGCAGCUCGUUCACGACCCUGACUCAGGGCGUCUUUUGAACACCAGAACUUGGAACUACAAAGUUCCUGGAGCAAAGGACAUUCCUGCCGAUUUCAGGAUAUAUUUUAGGAAAAAUUCUAACAAUCCUACCGGCGUUUUGCAGUCAAAAGCAACGGGAGAGCCUCCGCUCAACAUGAGCAUAUGCACGCUGUUUGCGAUUACGGCUGCAUUAAAUUCAGCUAGGGUGGACGCUGGUGACCCAGGAGACUACUACCAAUUAAAGCCACCAGCAACUCCAGAGCAUGUGUUCAUGGCAGGUCUUGCCAAUCCUAAGGAUUUUAUUCUGUGAAAUUGACCUACUUCACAUAUUUUUUAUAAAUCAGAAAAUAAUUACUUGAUGUACGAUAUAGUAGAAUAGCACCAAAAUAAAUAAUAUAUAUGGAUUUUUAAAUUUAAA